GUUAUAACUUGGUCUAAAUUCUACAUUAUAAAAGCUUAUGUCAUAAACUAUACGGAACAUUCACAAGUAUAUACCUUGAGUUUUUUUUUUUAAUGAUAUUGCGGUUCACUAUGUAUUACAUAGGCAUUAUAUGUGGUGUAUUUUUACUUGCAUGGACUUUGAUCCAUGGCUAUAACAAGAAGAAACUUCCACCAGGACCAAUGCCCCUACCUUUAAUUGGAAAUCUCCUUAACAUAUUUGGUGUUCCACCCCAUAAAUCCAUGCAAAGGCUUGCUAACAAAUAUGGUCCGAUAAUGAGCCUCAAAUUGGGACACUUACCCACCAUAGUCAUAUCUUCAUCAGUCAUAGCUAAAGAGGCCAUCAAAAAACAUGAUACAACCUUUUCUAGUAAAACAUCUAAACAUGCAGUCCAAGCUCAUAAUCACCAUAAAUUCUCUGUCGUGUGGUUAUCGGUCAAUAGUACUCUUCGGAAAAAUCUCCGGGCGAUAUUGAAUUUGAGUAUCUUCUCUGCUAACAAGCUCCAUGCAAACGAGCAGAUCCGGUCUAUGAAGAUCUUAGACCUUAUUGCUUACUGUCGUCAAUGCAGCCAAACAGGUGAGCCCGUAGACUUUGGUUUACUCGCUUCUGAUAUAGCGAUAAAUGUUUUGUCAAAUAUAAUUUUCUCCACGGAUUUAGUGGAUUUGUAUGCAAAAUCGGAGAAGAAAUUUAAGGAUGUGAUCAGGAGCGUUACGUACCAAAUUGGAAAGUUUAACAUGGUGGAUUACUUUCCUGUGCUGAAAUGGAUAGAUCCUCAAGGGAUAAAUCGAAGCACUUGUUAUAGUUUUGCUAAAAUGUUUGGGAUAUUUGGAGGUUUUAUUGAUGAAAGAUUGAAGCAAAGGAAUAAUAAGUUGCAGCAAAAGCCUAAAGAUGUUUUGGAUAUUUUAUUAAAUAUGAGCGAAGAAAAAGAUGCCAAAGAUCAUAAUAUUGCAAUGGAUAGAAAUCAGAUCGAACAUCUUUGUCUGGAUCUUUUCGUUGCGGGAACUGAUUCGAGUUCCGCCACAUUAGAAUGGGCAAUGCUAGAGUUGAUGAGGAACCCACAGGCAAUGGAAAAGGCUAAAGCGGAACUCGCCCAAGUUGUUGGCAAGAAUAAGGCAGUAAAAGAAGCCGAACUUGUCCGGCUUCCUUAUCUGCACUGCAUUUUGAAAGAGACUUUGCGGAUACAUCCGCCUGUUCCCCUUUUGUCGCGCAAGGCUGAGAAAGAUUUUGAGCUUUGUGGCUACUUUGUCCCAAAGGGUUCACAAGUGAUAGUGAACAUAUUGUCAAUUGGUCGUGACCCUGCUAUUUGGGAGGAUCCUUUGGUGUUUAAACCUGAAAGAUUCUGGGGUUUGAAUGAUAUGGAUAUUCGUGGUCAAGAUGAUUUUAAACUCAUUCCUUUUGGUGUUGGUCGAAGAAUGUGCCCUGCGGUAUCUUUGGCUAUGAGAACCCUUCCCACAAUGUUGGGUUCGUUGUUGAAUUCUUUUGAUUGGGUUGUUGAAGGCGACGAUGAUUUGGAUGCGAAAGAGAAAAGUGGCCUUAUAGUAGGUAAAUUACGUCCUCUACGACUUGUCCCGAUUUCACUAUAGGACUAUAUGUGGAUCAAAUUGGACAUGAAGUAUCAUUUCAAUUGGCAUGGAAGCAGCCAAAGCUUAUGUAAUAAAGUGGAGCUUGAAUUAAUUGCAACAUAUAAGCAUGCAUAUGAGUUUCAUAUGGAUGAUAAUGGAUCAGCUCGUAUAUUUCAUCUAA